GAGGCUCGCGCCCUCCCGUCGCUCCGGGACCCGCCCGCCGCGUCCCCUGGGCAACCGUCUCCAGGGAGACCGGGCCCCGCCCCCGGCAUCGACACCCGACAGAUAAGGAGCUCAGAGUCAGGCAAGGGCGGAAUGACGCUCAUUGAUCCCAAAGCAUCUUUAAUCUGCCAGGCAGAGGGACCUUUGCUGCUGGUCUUUCUUGGACCAUUCCAGAGAGGACGAUUGGUAUCCGAGAAUUAAAAGAGCAGGAUGCCCCCCGGGGUUGACUGCCCCAUGGAAUUCUGGACCAAGGAGGAGAAUCAGAGCGUGGCCGUUGAUUUCUUGCUGCCCACGGGGGUCUAUCUGAACUUCCCUGUGUCCCGAAAUGCCAACCUCAGCACCAUCAAGAAGGUGUUGUGGCACCGAGCCCAGUAUGAGCCGCUGUUCCACAUGCUCAGUGACCCCGAGGCCUACGUGUUCACCUGCGUCAACCAGACCGCGGAGCAGCAGGAGCUGGAGGACGAGCAGCGGCGGCUGUGCGACAUCCAGCCCUUCCUGCCCGUCCUGCGCCUGGUGGCCCGCGAGGGUGACCGGGUGAAGAAGCUCAUCAACUCGCAGAUCAGCUUGCUCAUCGGCAAAGGCCUCCACGAGUUUGACUCCUUGCAAGACCCGGAGGUGAAUGACUUCCGAGCCAAGAUGCGCCAGUUCUGCGAGGAGGUGGCCGCGCACCGGCAGCAGCUGGGCUGGGAGGCCUGGCUGCAGUACAGCUUCCCCCUGCAGCUGGAGCCCUCGGCGCGGAGCUGGGGGCCGGGCACCCUGCGCGUCCCCAACCGGGCCCUGCUCGUCAACGUCAAGUUCGAGGGCAGCGAGGAGAGCUUCACCUUCCAGGUGUCCACCAAGGAUGUGCCCCUGGCACUGAUGGCCUGCGCGCUCCGGAAGAAGGCCACGGUGUUCCGGCAGCCGCUGGUAGAGCAGCCCGAGGACUACACACUGCAGGUGAACGGGAAGCACGAGUACCUGUACGGCAGCCACCCCCUCUGCCAGUUCCAGUACAUCUGCAGCUGCCUGCACAGCGGGCUGACCCCCCACCUGACCAUGGUGCACUCCUCUUCCAUCCUCGCCAUGCGGGAUGAGCAGAGCAACCCCGCCCCCCAAGUCCAAAAGCCACGCGCCAAACCGCCCCCCAUUCCUCUGAAGAAGCCCGCCUCGGUGUCCCUGUGGUCCCUGGAACAGCCUUUCUGCAUCGAGCUGAUCCAGGGCAGCAAAGUGAAUGCCGAUGAGCGGAUGAAGCUGGUGGUGCAGGCCGGCCUCUUCCACGGCAACGAGACGCUGUGCAAGACGGUGUCCAGCUCGGAGGUGAGCGUGUGCUCAGAGCCUGUGUGGAAGCAGCGGCUGGAGUUCGACAUCAACAUCUGUGACCUACCGCGCAUGGCCCGCCUCUGCUUUGCGCUCUACGCCGUGAUCGAGAAGGCCAAGAAGGCUCGCUCCACCAAGAAGAAGUCCAAGAAGGCGGACUGCCCCAUCGCCUGGGCCAACCUCAUGUUGUUUGAUUACAAGAACCAGCUCAAGACUGGCGAGCGCUGCCUCUACAUGUGGCCCUCCGUCCCAGACGAGAAAGGGGAGCUACUGAACCCCUGUGGGACCGUGCGGAGUAACCCCAACACUGAGAGCGCAGCUGCCCUGGUCAUCUUUCUCCCUGAGGUGGCCCCCCACCCUGUAUACUACCCUGCCCUGGACAAGAUCCUAGAGCUGGGGCGGCAUGGGGAGCACGGGCGCUUCACGGAGGAGGAGCAGCUGCAGCUGCGGGAGAUCCUGGAGCGCCGGGGGUCCGGGGAGCUAUACGAGCACGAGAAGGACCUGGUGUGGAAGAUGCGGCACGAGAUCCAGGAGCACUUCCCCGAGGCGCUGGCCCGGUUGCUGCUGGUCACCAAGUGGAACAAGCACGAGGACGUGGCCCAGAUGCUCUACCUGCUGUGCUCCUGGCCCGAGCUGCCCGUCCUGAGCGCCCUGGAGCUGCUGGACUUCAGCUUCCCUGACCGCCACGUGGGCUCCUUUGCCAUCAAGUCCCUGCGGAAACUGACGGACGACGAGCUUUUCCAGUACCUGCUGCAGCUGGUGCAGGUGCUCAAGUACGAGUCCUACCUCGACUGCGAGCUGACCAAAUUCCUGCUGGACCGGGCCCUGGCCAAUCGCAAGAUCGGCCACUUCCUCUUCUGGCACCUGCGCUCCGAGAUGCACGUGCCCUCGGUGGCCCUGCGCUUCGGCCUCAUCAUGGAGGCCUACUGCAGGGGCAGCACCCAUCACAUGAAGGUGCUGAUGAAGCAGGGGGAAGCGCUGAGCAAGCUGAAAGCCCUGAACGACGUCGUCAAAGUGAGCUCCCAGAAGACCACCAAGCCCCAGACCAAGGAGCUGAUGCACCUGUGCAUGCGCCAGGAGACCUACCUGGAGGCCCUCUCCCACCUGCAGUCCCCGCUCGACCCCAGCACCCUGCUGGCUGAAGUCUGCGUGGAGCAGUGCACCUUCAUGGACUCCAAGAUGAAGCCCCUGUGGGUCCUGUACAGCAAUGAGGAGGCGGGCAGCGAUGGCACCGUGGGCAUCAUCUUUAAGAACGGGGACGACCUCCGCCAGGACAUGCUGACCCUGCAGAUGAUCCAGCUGAUGGACGUUCUGUGGAAGCAGGAGGGCUUGGACCUGAGGAUGACCCCUUACGGCUGCCUCUCCACCGGGGACCACACAGGCCUCAUCGAGGUGGUGCUUCACUCAGACACCAUCGCCAACAUCCAGCUGAACAAGAGCAACAUGGCGGCCACGGCUGCCUUCAACAAGGAUGCUCUGCUCAACUGGCUCAAGUCCAAGAACCCUGGGGAGGCCCUGGAUCGAGCCAUUGAGGAGUUCACCCUCUCCUGCGCUGGCUACUGUGUGGCCACAUACGUGCUGGGCAUCGGCGAUCGGCACAGCGACAACAUCAUGAUCCGGGAGAACGGGCAGCUGUUCCACAUUGAUUUCGGCCACUUUCUGGGGAAUUUCAAGACCAAGUUUGGAAUCAACCGUGAGCGAGUCCCGUUCAUCCUCACCUAUGACUUUGUGCACGUGAUCCAACAGGGGAAGACGAAUAAUAGUGAGAAAUUUGAAAGGUUCCGGGGCUACUGUGAAAGGGCCUACACCAUCCUGCGGCGCCACGGGCUGCUCUUUCUCCACCUCUUUGCCCUCAUGCGGGCGGCAGGCCUGCCUGAGCUCAGCUGCUCCAAAGACAUCCAGUACCUCAAGGAUUCUCUGGCAUUGGGGAAGACGGAGGAGGAGGCUCUAAAGCACUUCCGGGUGAAGUUUAACGAAGCCCUCCGGGAGAGCUGGAAAACCAAAGUGAACUGGCUGGCCCACAACGUGUCCAAAGAUAACAGGCAAUAGCAGCCCGUCCAAGCCCUGGGCCUGGAGACAACCGAGCUGUCAGUCUUGGGAGCCGGGCACCCUCGGCCACCCUCCGGGACCUGAAAGGCUGGACGGCAUCCUUGGGAAAGAACCUACACAACUGCCUUUUGUUUACACUGGUUAUUUAUUUAUGACUUGAAAUGUUUCGGGAACUAAACAGCCAUACAUGGAAAUGUACCCUAAUGUGGGGGGGGGCACCGUCCUCCCACUUCCCCAUCCAAGCCCUGGGCUUUGAUGGGAAGACACUGUGAACCCGGCACCUCGAGGCCGCAUCUCGCCGAGGAUCUGUGACCUCAAGUCUUCCAGCUGGUGGGUCUGGAGCCGGCAGAGAUGAUUCUCCCGUCCGGGAGCUGCCUCCUCCCCAGGCUCCUGCCGUGCUACACCGGUCCUGGUGCCUGGCAGUGACCCGGUACCUGCUGUCCAGACAGGGCACCCACGCCUGUUCACCCCCUCCACCUGCGUGCCCUCCACUGACUGAGUUCUGGG